AAGAAGAAGAAGAACAUGUGAUUGCUUGGCGCUUUCCUGAGGUCAAGAUGGCGGUGGCAGUGCGGAGCUUGCAAGACCAGAUCGAAAAAGCCAAACAAAGCUUGAAAAAUGUUGACGAUAAUAUUCGUAAAUUGACUGGACGAGAUCCUAAUGAAUCCAGACCGGGCCAGCUGCGCCGGUUCGGUGGGCCCAUGGCAGGCGUUGCUGUUGCAGCAGUGGGAGGAGGAGGUAGAGGAAGAGGAUUUAACCUGCUCAGACGCAGUCUCUCUGACAUCGGAGGCGGCGGCCCCCCUGCCAAGCAGAGGGACAUCGACGGAGCUCUGUUAAGGCUGGCAGGCGACCAGAGGGCCAGGAGAGACGUGCGUCACGACAGCGACGCCGAGGAUGACGAUGAUGUCAAAAAGCCGGCGUUGCAGUCGUCUGUUGUAGCUACCUCCAAAGAGAGAACACGCCGGGACCUCAUUCAAGAUCAGACCAUGGAUGAGAAGGGAAAACAGAGGAAUCGGCGUAUGUUUGGCCUGCUCAUGGGGACCCUGCAAAAAUUUAAACAGGAGUCUAAUGUUUGUACAGAGAAGCAAAAGCGGCGCUCUGAGAUCGAGCAGAAGCUCGAGGUUCAAGCUGAGGUUGAGAAAAAGAAGUUGGAGAGCGAGAAGAGGGAGUUGUUUGAAGAGAGGAGAGCCAAACAGACUGAGCUGAGACUACUCGAACAGAAAGUAGAAUUGGCUCAGUUGCAAGAGGAGUGGACCAGCCACAAUAACCAUCUGGUGAAAUUCAUUCGCACUAAGACCAGGCCGCACAUCUUCUACCUACCUGGGAAGAUGUGCUCUGCCACUCAGAAACUUCUUGAUGACUCCACCAAGAAACUAAAUGCUAUGUUUGAAGAGCGGCGUGAAGCAUUCACGGAACACAUCAACAAGAUGGAGUCCCGACCACGGCGACAGCUAAACCGCGACCAGGACGGCAACUCUGCAACGACAGGGAAGGACCACUCGGCGGAGGGUAAGCCAGCAGGUCAGGUAGACAAGGUGACAGGUAACAAGAGAGCUGUAGUGAUGGAGGAAGAGGAGGAAGAGGAUGAGGAGGAGGAUCAGGAAGAGAAGGGGGCAGAUGGAGAACAGGAAGAGGCUAGCAAGGUCACAGAGAAAGUAGAGGUAGAGAAAGGGGAUAGUAGGGAAGGGUUAAAUGAGGAUGAGGGGAUGGUGUUUGAGGAAGUGGGGAAUGGGGAGAAGGAAGGGGAGAAGAGAGAGAUCUGUGGGGGAAAGGAUGAGGCAGCUCCAGGGUCAGAGGUGCAGGUAGGCAAAGAGCAGGGGAACGGGAAUAAGAUGGAGCAGGAUGAAGACAGUAAAGAGGGGCCCUCAGACCUUGAAACUGAAAAGACUGAGAUCACGUCUCCAUCCGAACCAACGGUGAGCCAGCAAGAGGCGUCUAGCAGCGCUCAGCUCAGCCCCAACACCACCCACACCCCGGAGGAACCAGCAGCCUUGUUGGCUGAGCCCCAGAUAGCCUCUCCCGCCUCAACAUCUGAAAUGGCUGCCAACACACCAGGCCAGGAGCAUGCAGUUCCUUCCUCUGAGGUCCAGGAUUCCAGCAGCCAGAACCCAGCUGAGCAAACGCAAUCUGGGGACGAAUCGGCUGUGAAGCCUCAACGCGAUUCCCAGGUUGCCCCGAGUGGCCCUGCUGCACUUUUGAAGGAACAGAAAUAUGGCGCAAGGGGGAGGAAGAAGGCGAAGGAGUCGAAAAAAAGCCACGGUCAAAGUCGCAGCUCUUCUUCCUCCACCUCCGGGUCCUCCUCCAGCGGAAGCUCUUCGUCUUCUUCCGGUUCGAGCCGCUCCUCCUCGUCAUCCUCCUCGUCAUCCUCCUCGUCCAGCAGCCGAAGUCGCAGUCGGGACAACGAGAAGCGCAGCAGGAGGCCGUCAGGCAGGGACAGGAAGAAAGAAGAGAAGAGUCAUCGCAAGAAAGGUGGGAAUAGUGGAGGUGGAGGAGGCAGGGAUGCCAAAGGCUCCAAGGAAGGGAGGAAGAGAAGGAGCAAUGAAGGCAGGAGCAGGUCAUCUCGGAGCAAUAGGGAGAAUAAAGAUAGGGAUAGGAAGGAUAAAAGACGCUAAACUGGGUCCCAUUUUGUUUUGUCCCCUCAAGCUGAUGACUGCAGGGCAAUACCCAACCUAAAUAUUCAUCAAAUCUUGUUUUCUUUUCUUUUUUUUCUUUUUUUUUUAAACCAACCACAGCAGCAACGUUCAAUUUAAGCGUAGGCAUUAUUUUCAGAUUUGGCCAUGGUAUAACAAAACAGAAGUCUCACAAUACAGGACAGUUCUGUUGUCUCAGAUUGGACCGAUUAAGCAAGGUUUUGGAGGAAAGACCUUCAGAUAUUUUAAAAAAUAAUGUGCAAAUAAUGUCUUGUUUUUUGGGGUAGUGUAAUGAAACUAGAGCAUAUUUUCCAUCGUGGUGUUCUCCAUAAUGUCACUAUGCCAGUGACAUGUAUAUUGCACACUGGUUGUCCUCAAUUGUUGUGACUACUGUCAAUUGAUCCAUGUCAUAGUCUUUGUAUGUGAUUUAUUGUUUUUUGAAAACGUUUUUUAUUGUUUUGUAUCAGCCAACUGUAUCAGCUUCAAAUUAAAGGUGAGAAAUUAG